UCUUCAAGUCCAAUUCUGAAUUUAUUAGACAUCAACGAAUCCAUACAGGAGAAAAACCAUAUGAAUGCACAAAGUGUAGGAAGAGAUUUAUACGGAAGGAUCACUUGCUGAAACAUGAGAGCAUCCACCGAAAAGUGUGUUCGUAUAAGUGCCGAGUGUGUCAGAAGGUCUUCCGAUGGCUUACACAUCUUCAGUCUCAUCAAAGAACCCACAGGCAAGAAAGCCGUUUCACGUGCCCCACAUGUGGGAAAUCUUUUUCUAAGAAAGGUGAUCUGAAUAGACACCGGAGGAUUCACACAGGAGAGAGACCCUAUGGAUGUCUUGAAUGUGGGAAAUCUUUCCAACGGAAGGAGCACCUUAUGUAUCAUAAGGGAAUCCACAAACAAGAAGAUACUUACAGAUGCCCCAACUGUGGGAAAAGUUUUCACCGAAAGGGACUGCUUGUGUCACACCAGAGACUUCACACUGCAGAGAAACCCUUUGCAUGCUCUGUGUGUGGAAAGGCAUUCCGAGAAAGAGCAUAUUUAAACAAACACCAGAAAAUUCACAUGGCCGGAAGGUGCUAUAAAUGCUUGGAAUGUGGGAAAUGUUUUCUCCGAAAGAAGUCACUUCAGAUACAUCAGAGAAUCCAUACCAAGGACAACCUGCACAAGUGCCCUGAAUGUGGAAGGGCUUUCUGCACCAAAUCAGAACUCAAGAAACAGCAGGGAAUCCACACAGGAGUGAAACCCCAUGAAUGCUUGGACUGUGGGAAACGUUUCCGUCGAAAGGAUUAUCUAGUAACGCACCAGAGAACUCACACCGUAGAAAAGCCCUAUGCAUGUCCUGAGUGUGGGAGAGCCUUCUCUGCAAAAGAACAGCUGAAAAAACACCAGAGAAUCCACACAGGGGAGAAACCCUUUGCAUGCUUAGAGUGUGGGAGAUGCUUUCUACGUAAGGAAUCAUUAGUGAAUCAUCAAAGAAUCCAUACUGGAGAGAAACCCUACGAAUGCCCUGAGUGUGGCAAAUGUUUUUGCAAGAAGGGGCUACUUGUGUCACAUCAGAAAAUUCACAGUGGAGAAAAACCUUUUCUGUGUCCUAUCUGUGGAAAAACCUUUUCUCAAAAACAGGUGUUGAUGUCACACCAAGGAAUCCACAUAGCAGAGAAACCAUAUCAAUGCCUUGAGUGUGGGAGAGAAUUCCAACGGAAGGAAUAUCUCCAGGCUCACCAGAAGAUCCACAAGGAAGAGAGAUCUUAUGGAUGCUUGGAGUGUGGGAAAUCUUUCCACAAAAAGGGGAUACUUGUCUCACACCAGAGAACUCAUACAGGAGAGAAACCUUUUGCAUGUUCUGAGUGUGGAAGGUGCUUUGGUGAAAGCAAAGUGUUGAAGAGGCACCAGAGAAUCCACACAGGAGAAAAACCUUAUAAGUGCCUGGAGUGUGGGAAAAGCUUCCUACGAAGUGACGCACUUGUUGAGUAUCACAGAAUCCACACUGGAGAGGAACCCUAUGAGUGUCUAGAGUGUGGGAAAAGAUUUCGGGCACGGAGGAAGUUGGUGGCUCACCAGAAGCUCCACAAGGGAGGGACAAGAUGUGGAACUCCUGAAUUGGAAGAUGGUUUUCCAAGUAAAUAAACUUCACAUAUACACCAGAGAUUUUACACAGGAGAAAACCCCAGGAGAGUCUCAAGUUAAGAAAAAGGUUCUAUAAAUAAUGCGGGAGGGGCCAUUAUUCAGUGGUACAGAAUCUGCUUGGCAUGUAGAAGAGGUCCCAGAUUCUGCCUCCAGUUAAAAAGAUUGGGUAGUGGGUGAUCUGAAAGGCCUAGACCCCUGGAGAGCUGCUGCAAGUCAGAGCGCAAGAUACUGUCAGCUAGGCCCUUCUCGGGCCCUGGUUGCCAUGGGAGUGGAGUGACUCUGGAAUGUUAACUUUCAUUUCUGCUGUGUCUUCAAUGUUCCUAUUAUCUCUGCUUGACCUUCAGUGCCUGGUGUAGUAUUUCUCCUGGGAACUGAAGCCCAUUACUUUGGUGGGCUUCUACCUGGCCCUUGAUUCGCCCUGAGUUAUGGGGGGGGGGCUCUUUGAAUAAUGUAUAAUGGCUUGCUUUGCACACUUUUAUUCAGUUCCAACGCAAGGUGUUUAAGA